AUGAGUUCAAUUCCCGCUUGGAAAAGAGCAGGUUUGUCAGUAAAUAAAACCGAUAAUAAUAAUGAAGACGAUUUACUAGAAACAAAAAGAAUUGAUUCAACAAAUUUAUCAAAUAAAGAAAUUAAAAAAGUUAGUAAUAAACGUAAAUUACAAGAUGAUUUAUCACAUACCAAAAAUAAAAAACCUCCAAAACGUAUAAAGUUACCAAAAUCAGAAAGAAAACCACCACCUAUAAAAGAUCAACUAGUGUAUUUAAAAACAUACCAAGAUGACAAUUCAAAUUGGAAAUUCAAUAAAUCUAAACAAAAUUGGAUUUUGAAAAAUAUAAAAAAUAUACCACAAGAUUUUGAAUCUGCUUUAAUUUUAUAUUUGGGAAGUUUACAAGGUGGUUCAAGAGAUAGGUUGGUUGAAGAAUUGAAAGAAGAUAUUCAAAAAUGGAAUACAAACUAUGAAGAAAUGGAAAGAAAAAUUGAAAAAAAAUUGUUGCAUGGAGAUGACAGUAAAGAAGAGAAAGACAAAAUAGAUGAAGAGAAAGAAGAUAAAGAAGAUAAACGUGGGUUGAAUUUGGAAUAUGUUACUAGGUGCAAAGCUAUACUACAAACUUUAGUGGAUGAUGAAGUAAUUGUUCAAGGUUUAGAGGAAGUUGAUGACAAUGAAGCACAAGAACAAAUAGUGCCCGAGAAAAAUGAAGAAAUAGAGGACGAGGAACAAGAUGAGAACAGAGUAGAAGAAAUUAAAGUGGAAUCUGAAGAUUUGAGAAAAGAAGAGAUUAAAAAAGAUAAGAAACAAAAGAAGGAUAAAAAGGGAAAGAAAGACAAAAAAGAGCAAGAAGAGAAGGAUAAGAAAGUAGACGAUAAAGACAAAAAGGAUAAGAAGGAAAAGAAAACUAAGAAAGACAAGUCUGAAAAGAAAGAAAAGAAAACAAAAAAAUUGAAAAAUGGGGAGGUAGAUAAAAGUCCAACUUCGAAUUUAAUAAUAAACGAAAUUGAAGUUUAA